AUGGAGAGCCUGCUGGAGAACCCGGUGCGCGCCGUGCUCUACCUGAAGGAGCUCACCGCCAUCGUGCAGAACCAGCAGAGCCUCAUCCAUACCCAGCGCCAGCGCAUCGACGAGCUGGAGCGGCGGCUGGACGAGCUGAGCACCGAGAACCGCAGCCUCCGCGGGCAGCAGCAGCAGCCGGCCCCCGCCGAGCCGCCGGCGGCCCCCGCCGAGCCGCCCCAGGGUCCCCCGCCCGAGCAGCCCUCGCCGCCGCCGCCGCCGGGCCAGCCCGACCCGCUUCAGCACCACCAACAGCUCCCGGCUCAGCCGCCGCUGCCCGCGGGCAAAGCGGCACCGGCGGGGCCCGGCGGCGGCGGGCGGGCUGCCGGCCACCAGCACCCCGCGGCGCAGCCCCACCAGCACCCCGCCGAGAAGGACGGCAGGGACAAGGGCUGCUGCGCCGCGCUGCUCCAGCACAAGACCCCCCAGGCCAUCGGCAAAGGCGUCCUGAGCCGGAGAGCGGAGAAUGAAACUGUUUUACACCAGUUCUGUUGUCCAGCAGCUGACACAGAGCAGAAGCCUUCAUCUCCAGACUCCUCACCAAGUGACGAUCCCAGCGGUUCCACAAGCAAGAAAGCCGGGUGUGAAACGGAGGAUCCGAAGGAGGCCGGCAGACAGAGUGGCCAGGAAGGCAGGUCCGACACCCUGACGCUAAAAGCCCAGCAUGCGGAGCUCCAAGAAGAGCAGGCAGCGGGGUGUUCCCCUCUGGUGCAGAAGGCGAGCCUCCACCACACGGGCUCCCCAGUGAGAGUGCAGCGCAGCAAAGGGACGGCCUCGUGUUCCCACGCGGCUGCUUCCGAUUAUGAGCUCUCCCUUGACCUAAAGAAUAAACAGAUCGAAAUGCUAGAACACAAAUACGGCGGCCACCUGGUGUCUCGCAGGGCAGCUUGUACCAUCCAGACCGCAUUCCGGCAGUACCAGCUCAGCAAGAACUUUGAGAAGAUCCGCAACUCCCUGCUGGAGAGCCGCAUGCCACGCCGCAUCUCCCUGAGGAAAGUCCGCGUCCAGAACUCGGAGAGCUUCUCCGCGGAGAAAGCCCUGGUGGAGGGGUACAACUUCGUAGGCAUCCCACUGGUGAGGUCCCCAUCCUUGCCAGCCACUAUCAGUGGGGCGCUAACUGAGCUGGAGGACUCCUUCACAGAACAAGUUCAGUCCCUGGCGAAAUCCAUCGAUGAUGCCCUGAGCACCUGGAGCCUAAAGACCAUGUGCUCCCUGCAAGAUGGGGGCUCGUACCAGAUCAGGGAGACCUUCAGUGCUAGCUCCAUGCAGCCAAACCAAGACUUAGAGGCUGAGCUACAGGAUCAGGAGAAGGAGGAAGGUCUCCUGCCAGAUACUCUACCGAAGAGCAGCAGCACUCUCAUGAUGGCUUUUCGAGAUGUCACCGUUCAGAUCGACAACAAGAACAUCUCUGUCUCAUCAUCUACCUCGGUGUCCAUGGCAAACUGUCUCAGCAGCAGCAACCAGGCUGGGCUCUCUCCAGCUACCAAGGCUGAAGAAAGCCCAGGAGAAGGGGAGGGAGAAGCCAGUGAACUACUGUCUGCCCCAGAGAGCUUACCUGAGAACAGCCUCACUUCCACUGAGGUGGAUGUCAGUACUAAUGGCACAGGGGACAGCAGUGCUGAGCCGGAUCAGAUGGCGAUGCAGAAGCUCCAGUUUGAUGCAAGCAAUGAGGCGGGACAAAGCAAAGGCCUGGAGUCUGAGAAUGCAGACAACUCAGAGCAGCUGAGCAGCAGCAGCACCUCCACCUCAGCCAAGUCAGCCUCUGAGGUGUCCUCAAAAGAAGCCCUGCAGGCCAUGAUCCUCAGUCUCCCGAGGUACCACUGCGAGAACCCAGCCAGCUGCAAGUCCCCCACACUUUCCACAGACACCAUGAGGAAACGCCUUUACCGCAUUGGACUGAACCUCUUUAAUAUAAACCCAGACAAAGGGAUCCAGUUCCUGAUCUCCCGAGGCUUCAUCCCAGACACCCCCAUUGGGGUGGCACACUUUCUGCUGCAGCGGAAGGGCCUCAGCCGCCAGAUGAUUGGGGAAUUCCUGGGCAACAGCAAGAAGCAGUUCAACAGGGAUGUUCUGGACUGCGUGGUGGACGAGAUGGACUUCUCAGGCAUGGAGCUGGACGAAGCCCUGCGGAAAUUCCAGGCCCACAUCCGUGUGCAGGGCGAGGCGCAGAAGGUGGAGCGGCUCAUCGAGGCUUUCAGCCAGAGGUACUGCAUGUGUAACCCAGAUGUAGUCCAGCAGUUUCACAACCCGGACACCAUCUUCAUCUUGGCCUUUGCAAUCAUCCUCCUCAACACAGACAUGUACAGCCCCAACAUCAAGCCUGACAGGAAGAUGAUGCUGGAGGACUUCAUUCGCAAUCUGAGAGGGGUGGACGACGGUGCUGACAUCCCUCGGGAGCUGGUGGUGGGGAUCUAUGAGAGGAUCCAGCAGAAAGAGCUAAAAUCUAAUGAGGACCAUGUAACUUACGUCACUAAAGUGGAGAAGUCCAUAGUUGGAAUGAAAACGGUCCUGUCGGUGCCCCACCGCCGGCUGGUGUGCUGCAGCCGCCUGUUUGAAGUGACCGAUGUGAACAAAGUGCAGAAGCAGGCAGCUCACCAAAGGGAAGUCUUCCUCUUCAAUGACCUGCUGGUGAUCCUCAAGCUUUGCCCGAAGAAGAAAAGCUCCUCAACAUACACAUUUUGCAAGUCAGUCGGCCUGCUAGGGAUGCAGUUCCAUCUCUUUGAGAAUGAGUAUUACCCCCAUGGCAUUACACUGGUGACUCCAGUUUCAGGCUCAGAGAAAAAACAGGUACUACACUUCUGUGCUCUGGGUGCUGAGGAAAUGCAGAAGUUUGUGGAAGACCUGAAAGAGUCAAUAGCAGAAGUGACAGAACUGGAACAGAUACGAAUUGAAUGGGAACUGGAGAAACAGCAAGGGACAAAGAAUCUCUCCUUAAGGACCAAUGGAGCCCAGAUGGAACUGCAGUCUAAGCAAGGCUCUCCAACAGGCAAGAAGGAUUUGGGGGAGAAGGUCUCGGACAGCACAGUGGAGGUGUCAAUUCACAACAGGCUUCAAACGUACCAGCACAACUCCGCCCUGGGGCCCGAGAGUGGAAUGCAGCCCAGCAUGCGUCUUAACAUGCCACGGGAGCAGCUGGAGACAGCACUGGCGCCCUCGCACCCCGCCUCGGCGGGGACACUUGUACAGUGCCAGCAGAUUGUCAAAGUCAUUGUCUUGGACAAGCCGUGCCUCGCUCGGAUGGAGCCGGCCCUCAACCAGACUCUGACACGCUAUGUCACCUCCGACGCCUGCACCUCCACCCCCUGGCGCGGUGUGGGCAGUGGGCUCCCUGGGACCCCCAUGAAGCUGGUCCAUCAGCCUCCCCUGCCACCUCCACCCCCUCCCUACAACCACCCCCACCAGUAUUGCCCCCCCAGCUCGCUGCUUCAGAGGCGCAGGUAUUCCAGUGGCUCACGCAGCCUCGUGUAGCCAUACCACCAGCACCAAACAGCACAGACUUCCUCGCUUCCCUUCCCCACCACCUCCCAGGGACCCUUUCUGCCUAUAGAGAUCUAGUUUGUGAUUUAUUUUUUAGUAAAACAAGAAUGAAAAAAAAAAAAAAAAAAAAAAAAAAGCCAACUGACCUAACUCUUACCCUUGUCUCUCCCCUCAAGAUGAUGCUAUUUGUGAGGAGCCAUCUCUAGAAACUGCCAACCUACAUGCUCACACAUCCUCACACCCUGCCAGCCCAGCUGGCUUCUGUGCUCGUGUUGUCUCCAUGUAGCACUUUGCUGCCCUGUUCCUCAGAGGCUUGAUGACCUGCUGCUUUCUAGGCACCGUGUCUUCCAUUUCCUACUCCUCAGCUUCCUUUCCCUCCUUGCAUUUAUCUGGCCAUAGGUUUGUACCCACCCUGAAAUUUCGCCAGCCUCAGAGAGAAAUGGACUCACCUGUGCCAUACCUUGGGACGUUCCUGGGGGUGGAGUUCUCCCUGCCACUAUCACUGCCACCUGCUAAGCUGGAGUGAGAACUUGCACCACUUGCCACGCUUCCUCCUCAUCGCUCUCCAAGUAUUAUCUCCUUGCAGCAGCCGGCUCCAAAUGAAGGAGUGCACGAGUGGAAGAGAGCUUGAGAGGAGGAGAGACUGUCCUGAGCUGCAGUACAAGUACACAAAGAUGGCCUCACUGAACACCAAAACUUUUUCUGUUGUUAUGAUGGAGCAUUGUACCAGAGACCUCUGAUGAGACCUAGCAGACCUCACCACAUGUAAAUACACCUAUAUGGUAGCAUAUGUAUGCGCAUGCUUACUAAGGAAACACCAAGCAGUUCUGAGGGAGCAGAAGGGAGGGGUUCAGUCCAGGGAUCUUCCUGGAAUGGAUGUGUACUUUUCCAAAGAGACAGCACCAAGGUGCCCUCCCACCUCAACACACACACAAACACACACACACACACACACACACACAGAGGAGAUUGCCUUCUCUAGAACAGACUCACCUCUGCUUUCCUUCUUCUGGCUGGUUUUGUGCUUCCUGCCCACCUGCAUUUUUGUAUUCUGAAAGCAAAGCUGAGUGUUAUGUUCACCUUUUAGGGUGGGUAUUCCAUUCACUUGGGCUCUUCCACCUGUGCUAGAGGGAAGGGACAUUUUGGAGACCACUCAUGUGAGGUCCCUUCUGUAUUUCUUGCCUGUACCUCUUACCCCUAUAUUCUUACUUCCUUCAGCCCUUCCUAUAGGAAAGCUACCUAGAUACCAGACUCCAAGGCCUCUUCUCUCUCCCUCUCUAUCCCAGCUUCAAAGUGAGAGGAGGGGCAGAUCCUGAGAUAGAGAUGACAGCUCAGCUCCUCUGCUUUAUUGGGGACAUUGAUGUGAAGGAAGACAGCAUUAAAAAUGGGCUGUGGAUGUAUUUUUAGAAAAAAAAAUCUCUUUGUGCAGUAGGGAGGGGAAGGUAUUAAUUAGCUUAAAGGCUUUGGUCUCACUCACUCAUUCUAGCUCCCUUCAAGGUUUAAGAAGAUCGACUUUAGGAUUCUAAAAUAGGACAGAAUGCCUUUUAGGGCCUUUAUUUUUAUUUUAUUUUAUGAGGGAAAGACAGAAAUGCUCUUCCUUCCCGUGCAAGGCUGAGACAUGAGCACUGGGUGCUGAUGAUGCAAUGGUAGGGUAAGGAAUGGCAGGAGUUGUUGCCAGUGGUGGGGAUGUGCAAAAUGUCAGGAAAAGGGGGACAGCAAAGACAGAUGCAGAAAACUUUUUUUAACCUUGGGGGUAAAAGCCACACAGCAAUUUCCUUAGGGAUUGUGCCAGUAUGCUGAUCUCUGGGGCCAUUGCCAGUGACAAAAGCCACAGUGCAUCAGGGGUGGGCUUGGCUCCCCUCAGUGCUCCCUGGGUGCUUGAUGGCUGUGCUGGAAUGUGCAGGGAAAGAGUUCAUACAUGUGACCUGGAGUUAGGGAAACAGACAGGGGCUGGAGUGACAGGUCUCCUGCACUUAUCCAGCCCUCCAGGGCAGAAGCCUGCUCACUUCCAGGUCCCCCUCUAUCUGAGCAUGACCCAUGGACCCAGCUGUGCCAAGAGGUCUGACUUGUUUGCUUAGCUGGGCACCAGGCUGCCACUUCUAUCUGCAAUAGCAAAUGUACUGACUGGGAGCCCACAAGCAGAGCCUCAGGGAAGACUGCAGAAGCAGAUGACAGAAAAGAUUGUAAGAAAACCCUGAAUAGAAGCCCAGUCUCCCUCCAGACCAGAGAAGCUUACUCCUAGCCAGCCCCAGAGGGCAGUUUGGAUGCUCUGCAUCCUGAACUGGGUGCUGGGAGAGGUCCUCACCCCUGUGCAGGGCUCAGACCCUCACCCCCCCGCCAGCUGUGAGGCACAGCUGGCCUGGUCUGCUGCUGACUCCCUUCAGGGUGACACCCUGCUGCCUCACAGCAGCCAGAACCUCAUCUGAGCUGCCCAUAGCUUCCCAAGGAGCAUGUGUGGCAUCUGCCAUUUUCGGUCAUGCAGUGUGUAGCUGCUGUUGUUUUUGCUCACUGCUGCUGUGGAAUGGGUGUCCAGGAGGCACUGGCACUGUCCUCCCUUCCCAGUAGUUAUUUCACUGUCUGAGAGGAACAGCAGUACUAGUUUGGGUUUUUUUUCCAGAGUGCAGUGAGCCAAUUAAGUUCUGUGUGUGUGUUAAAAUAAAUAAAUUAGAUUUUACUUGACAUUUAACACAAAGUGACAACGGCAAAAAAUCUUAAGAUACUUGAGGAAAUAAUUUUUUUAGAUAAAAUAUUUAUAACAAUGCCUAUGAAGUUCCUACACAAGAUGUUUGCUGCUUUAAUAAUUGAUUGGGAGAGCUACAAGGAUCUAAAGAGGAAAUCAGGAAACUGCUUGAGACUCCCUUCUCCACGCUGGAUGCAGGGUAGAAGUGAGUGAACUGAAGUGCUGAGGUACCUGAGGCAAAGUAUUCUCUCAGGGCAAGCUGGUUCUGUUUCCCUGACCUUGCAAAGGCUACUGCUGGCCUUGAGCUUUGGACAGAGAAGCAAAUGUAGAUAACUCUUGCUGUCUUCUGGCCUGCUGGCUACCACGUCUUCUGUUUGGUUUAGCUGGAGAGGCACAUAACGACUCUGUUCCAGGUUGUCAUGGAACAGGUUGGUCAAAAUUCCACUGUGGAGCCGAGCCGUUCAGACUUCACUUCAAAAUACAGAUUUUAUUUAUUUUUCCCUUUGAAGGUUGGUCUCGAAGGAUGACAAGCACUUUAAAACAUAUCUGCACCUCGUCUGAUCUAUUGUAGUGUCUGCUCCUGCAGUCCUCCCACAUGCCAGCGAGACACACAGAGUCAGUGUAGCUGUACAGCUGGGAGCAGAUACCCUUGCACACAGACUGACAGGGUGCAGGCUAGAAGGGGCAUCUCAGCGACAACCUAAUGAAGGACAAAACGUGUACCACAGCCCACCUGGAGGGACCAGCCCAAAGAAAAAUCACCAGCUCUUGACAGCAGGGAUUCUGAUCAUGAACCUAGCACAAUCUUUCAGGUGGAGGAGUCAGACAGGGAGCUGCUGCAGAGAUUAACUCAACCCAAAUGAACCAGUGUAUUUUUGCUGCCAAAUUCAUGACCUUCUAUAUUAAAAAGGAGCAAGGGGGAGAGAGAAAACAGAAACCUAGUGUUCUGCAGUGAGUGUUGGGUAGUCAGUGGCCAAAUGAGAAGGUGGCUUUGCUGAACAGUAGGAGAGACUGAGCUGUGUUACAUCAGGCUCUAUACUGACUCUUGCUCAUGCUGGUGCAGGCCCAGUGAAAUUAAUCUGUUUGCACUAGUAGCAAAGGGAUGGGAAAAUGUGACAGGAGAAUUGAGCCUUGCAAACAAUUUGGGUUUAAUGCAGUGCUUUUCUGCUGCCACAGUAAUUUUUAAUGCCAUAGUCUUGGCUGCUGGGCUAGCAACACUUAGUGCUCUCACAAGGCUUUCAAAGCAUCCCACUGUUCACAUUUUCUCUCCUUCCUGUAGAUGAAAGGUGAGGGUAUGGUCCACAACUCGAAUUUCAUCAUUACUCGUACUGAAAGGUACCACCAGAUUUGGAUGCAUUUGAGGGCCCCCAAGCCAAAAGUGUUUGAGUUUUGUUACCUGUUUCUCAGAAGGCUCAACCUGCAACUAUGUGCACAUGUUUCUGAGGUUUCCAAAACCAAUCUGAGCCCUAAACCAAGGAUGCUGCUGCUUGGCGGAGUCUCUGCUUUGAAAUGCAAGUUGCUGAGCAAACUCCCCCCGUGUCCCACUCCACCAGCUGCCUCACUGUGCUAGUGUAGGCUCCAGGGACUGCCAGCAGUGUUUUGUGAGCUAGAGCCAUCCUUGUCCUGCCCUCUCAUUUGCAGCCAUGCCUGGGACAGCAGCUUUGAAGUCACCCAGCUCUUCAACACUAGUCACAACCCCAUCUGAAUGUGUCUUUUUAAAAAUCUAACAACAGAAGUGUUACCUGUGCGUAGGCUUUUGAAAGCACCUGUCUGUCUGUACCUGUCUCCUGCUGUAAAUAUCACCAACAAAAGCUUCCUUUGGGAAAAGUGGUGUGGUCACACCUAGCAAAGAGUCCAAAUGGCUAAUAUUUUGUAACAAAACUAACAAAAAUAGAUCAGAGGUAUUUUAUCUGUUCAAUCAAUAGAGUUUUAGAAAUUAUAUUGAGAUAAUGUCA